AUGGACUCACCUUCAUCCUACACUGGCCAAAAGCGCAAAGUCAACGACAUGAGCUCCGACGAAGACGACAGUGCGGCCGGUGGCCAUCGCGGCUUCAAGAGAGCUGCUUCUCGCUCAGAGUCACCUCCUAGAAUGGGUGGUCUAGGCAGCGCAGGCCGCAAUCCGUGGAACAAUAUGGCAAACCAAAAUACAGCCCCCCGUGGAGGACGAGGAGGGGGUGGCGGCGGUGGUGGUGGAGGAGGGAAAGGCCCCGCAGGCAAUUCCUUUGCCGCGCGCAUGAUGGCAAAGAUGGGCUACGUGGAAGGACAAGGUCUUGGAUCUACUGGCCAGGGUAUUGUGAACCCGAUUCAAGCACAGGCCCGCCCACAAGGCGCAGGUUUAGGUGCGGUCCAGGAGAAGACGAAGCAAGCACGCGACGAAGAGAAACGAGCCGCGGCGCAGCGAGGCGAAACUAUCGAAGACAGCUCCGACGAAGAAAGACAAAGGCGACGGAAGAAGAAAGAAGAGCGCAAGGGAGGAAGUCGAAGCGGCACGGGUACCCCAGUUUCGCGACCAAAGCCCAAGUUUCGGACUGCACGAGAGAUUGAAGCCGAUAUGGAGGGGCUGGAAGUGCCGAAUGUCCUCAAAUCUUUGGUUGAUGCCACCGGCAAGGAGCAACGUGUUUUAACCUCUACGGCUGGGUUGAUGACAUCACAGCAGUUUGUCACCCAAGAACAAGGCGAAGCCUACAAGAUUGCUCAACGUGCCCGGAAUGAUUUGGAGGCCUUUGCAGAUGAAUGGAAGGGCUUAACAGAACGGAAAAAGUUCAUCGAAAUCGAAGAGGCUCAGGUUGUGGAGGAACUGGAUGCGUACCAAGGAAAAGUCAACCACCUGACCGGACUGAUCGCUGCUGUGGAAGAGCUGGAUCUCUUCGAACACGACGAAAGCAUCGCCUCGAAGUUCGAUGAGAUGACCGGUAAACUUGAAGAAAUUGAAUCCAAGUACCGGGAUUUGGCGGAUGAAUACAAAACUGCCGAGACCGCCGUUGCAGCUAUGCACCCGCUGUUCCGCCAGGCAAUGGAGGAAUGGGAGCCUCUGAAGGAUCCUACUUUCCUUGUAUCUCAUCUGACCCGACUUCUGCCUCUUCUUUCUCGCCGGAACGAGAAUGAAGAAUUCCGCCCAAGAUCCUCUACUUCACCUUAUGAGACCAUGAUCUAUACACUUUGGCUCCCGCGAGUUCGCUCAGCUCUUAUGAACGAUUGGGAUGUAUACGAACCAUCUGCUGCGACUUCAUUGAUUGUGGCGUGGAAGAACAUCAUUCCGUCAUUUGUAUAUUCAAAUAUCCUCGACCAACUGGUUGUACCAAAACUCAGUGACGCUUUGAAGGCAUGGAAACCAAGAAGUAGUCGAAGACAUCCGUCGAACCAGCAGGAUGGCCAGUUCCCCUGGUGGCUUUUCCAGUGGCUCCAGUAUCUGGAUGAACGACACACAAAUCCCAAACAACCAACCGGUCUCAUGUCCGAUACUAAAAGAAAAUUCCGCGUGGUAUUGGAUUCAUGGAGCUUACGCCGGGGUCUUAUCAAUGGGCUUGACCUGUGGCGAGACGCCCUACGCUCCGAGUUCGACAUAUGCCUACGCAAUCAUUUACUUCCACGUCUUGCGCGCCACCUGCGUGAGCAUUUCACCGUGAACCCUCAAGACCAAGAUAUGACUGCACUCGAGGAUGUUCUUCGAUGGAAGGACUAUUUCCAGCCCAACGUUAUGGGUCUGCUUCUGAUCUCCGACUUCUUCCCCAAGUGGCACGAAAUUCUCUACAUAUGGCUCACCAAUGAUCCCAACUACGAGGAAGUUGGUACCUGGUUUUCUUGGUGGCGUGAACAGAUUCCGUCCGAAGUUAACGAGCUCACCAUUGUGGAAGAAGAAUGGAACAAAGGUCUUCAGACAAUGCACCAGGCCCUGGAAUUGGGCGAUCGUGCAGCUGCCGAGCUCUCACGCCCAACGGCUGCUGCUCAGGCCAAACUCCCCUCGCAAGAGGAAGCCGAGGCCAAGGCCAAGGCCGCGGCUGCCGCAUCCACCGCAUCCCGACCCAAGCACCACACUACAGAGGAGCCAUCCUUCAAGGAGAUCGUGGAGAAUUGGUGUGUGGAGCAAGGCCUCAUCCUCCUACCACUGCGCGAAGCGAACCCUCAGAAUGGACUGCCGUUGUUCCGCAUCACAGCCAGCGCGACUGGCAAGGGUGGUAUUGUGGCAUAUCUGCAGGGCGAUGUGCUGCGGGUGCAGAACAAGAAAGCGAAGGAGCUCUGGGAGCCCAUGUUGUUGGAGGAUCGGCUGGUCGAGCUUGCCGAAGGGCGGUGA